AUGGUGCGGCGAGUUGCUAUCAUGGACCGCGCGCUGGCACUCGCAUUGUGGAUUGCCGCCCUUGUCGCCGCACCCUCCGCGAUGGUCGACGCGGUGACCCUCGACCCGACGCAAGCUGCGGUUCUGAAGGACUCGGCGUGGGGGAAGACCUUUGAUGGUUGGACCGACGCCAAUCCUGACUGCAGCACCACUGCCGGCGUCACCUGCGACGGCACUGGGAUGAUAACAAAACUUGAAAUUGCAUACACUCGGGUCUCAGGAAGCAUCCCUUCAAGCAUCAGCGCGCUGAGAAAACUACAAGUCUUACGUCUACCAAGAGCGGAGCUCACAGGUCCCAUCCCUGAUGGGAUUACCCUUCUGACGGACUUGACACACCUAAAUCUUGCCAGCAAUCAAUUGACUGGAUCGAUCCCUGAAGAACUUGGAGCUCUGUCAAAUUUGAGAAUUAUGUUUUUUCCGAAUAAUAAUCUCACUGGGCCUAUCCCUUCUUCAAUCGGCUCCCUUAAAUAUCUGGAUUACCUAAAUUUGUAUAUGAAUCAGCUCAGCGGGUCGAUUCCCAGUACUAUUGGCUUGCUUACAGGCCUGACCACAAUAGAGCUUUCAUAUAACAAGCUCACUGGUUCAAUACCUCCAACAAUCACCAGCCUUACAACCCUUUACAACCUGUUUGUUGCCAACAAUCAGCUCGAUGGCUCCCUUCCCGUCGAAGUCUUUUCAACCCCUUGGUUGUUCUUUCUAUCCCUUGAAGGAAACAAACUCAGUGGUUCGAUUCCCACUCCAGUUGCGCCAUAUGCUCCUCUAAGGGAUCUAUACCUUGGUAACAAUCAGCUCACAGGCUCAAUUCCUGGAAAGCUCAACUUGCUUACAACUUUGCAGUUUAUUAACAUCUCAUCCAACCUGCUCACAGGCAGCAUCCCUGCUGAUUUCAGUGCCCUUGGGAACCUGUGGAAACUUGAUAUUAGUCAAAAUCAAAUCACUGGCUCGAUCCCUGCUGAAUUAAGCACUCUCAGAAACCUGGACGAUCUUAUCCUCUCACACAACCAGCUUACGAACAGCAUCCCUGCUGACUUUACCGCGCUCUUACUGCGGAGAGUGUACCUUGCGGGUAAUCAGCUCACUGGCUCCUUUGAUGCAUUUACAGGCUAUGGUUCUUACGUAAGGGAGAU